CCUUUUGAGUUAUGUUAAGUGCAUCUUUUUUUCUGAGAUCAUUAUCAAGUAAUCAAUCGAAUCUCCAUUGAAAUUCAAUUCAAUAAAAUCAAAAGCGUAAAUAAAAAAGAAGAAAGACGAAGAUGCAAGGAGGAGUCGAAGAGCUCAAUGUAGAAGAACUCGCUUCAAAUCUCUCUACUUACAAAGAACAGCUUCAGCAGGUUCGAAAACUUUUGGAUGAUGACCCUGGAAACUCUGAAUAUGCAGACAUGGAAAAGGAGCUUGGAGAGGUGAUUGCUUUGACAGAAGAACUUCUGGCAACUGCAAAACAAAAUGAUAAUUCCGGACUGGAUAUUCAAACAAGUUCUGAUGCAUCUCACAGUUUGCGCCAUUCUGCUGGUACCUCUCCAUAUAACAGGGACUCACGAACCAUAUCUGAUCACUUUGACAAGUUUCCUGUUGGCACUAAAGUUCAAGCUGUUUGGAGUGAAGAUGGAGAGUGGUAUGACGCGACAAUUGAGGCGCUUACUCCAAAUGGGUACUAUGUACGCUAUGAUGGAUGGGGUAAUAAUGAGGAGGUGGAUCCUGCUAACAUUAGGCCAGUUGAAGAAGGGGCUGUAAAUUCUCUGUUGGAAGCUGAAAGGGAAGCUGAGGCCACAAAACAAGCUCUUAAACGGAAGGUUGCUCAAGCUGCUGCUACUGACUUCCAGUCACGGAGUUUACCAGCAAAGCUUCGUAUUGAGCCUGACGACCCUGAAGAUGUGAAAGUUGCUAAGCGUAAGAAGAUACAUUUGUAUAAGUCAAAGAUGCGGAUAGAGCAACUUGAGGUUACACAGAAUAAGAGGCAGAAUGAUUGGCAGCAAUUCCAGACAACUAAAGGCCGGGCCAAGAAGAUUGGUUUCUUCUCAGGGCGCAAGCGAGAGAGCAUCUUCAAAUCCCCAGAUGAUCCAUUUGGAAAGGUAGGCGUGACUGGAAGUGGAAAGGGUUUGACAGAUUUUCAGAAGAGGGAAAAACACUUGCAUCUCAAGGGAGCAAACGCUGAGUCUAUUGAUGAUUAAAUGAUUUUGUUGCUAUUUUUUGUCAGUUCGUAUAUUCUGCAUUUUUGGCCUCACUUGUGGCCAACCGGUUUCAAAUGGAGUUCAGCACUCGCACAUAAUUCAUGGUACAAGGUUAUGGCUUUUCCUUCUUCAGCCAAGUUAUUCGGAUGUCAGAUUGUAGAUCUCUUGUUGGUACUUUCUGCGGAGGCAAAUAAUUCUUUCUUCUGCUCUGUAUGUUAGUUCAGUGAGAUAAUAAUCACAUUUUCUUCCGAUUUAGUCAUGCUGUUGAGGAGGUGCUGAAAAGAAAGGAGGGCGUAUUAUUGUAGCAUCAUGAUCCUUUGUACAUACUAAGCUACUUCUUGCUGUAAGGUGAAAAAUACCCUCCUAUGGUUUUUUUUUCCUCUCUUUUUUGGGGAUAAUGGUGAAUGUUUUGUAGCAUGUGUACUUUAGGUUCAUUUUCAACUUGAACUUUGGAUUCGUAUAAUCAUUUCCAAAUUAUGCGUGUUGGGU